AUGUCUAGUCUGUUGAUCGUGCUGGGCCUCGUCUCGACCGUCAGCUGGUUCAUCCGCUAUCGGUUUCUGAACAUGUACAGCCGGCUACCCCCGGAGCCGCAGCGCAAGGAACCGCAGCUUGACCUGUUUCCCGAUGUGCAGGAGGGUGAUUCCAAGCCGGGGUUGGCCAAUUACUUGGAUGAAUUUCUCAGCGCGAUCAAAGUUUUUGGAUACCUUGAGAGACCUGUCUUUCACGAGUUGACACGCACUAUGCAAACUAGGAAGUUGAUAGCUGGAGAAACUCUCCAACUCGAGGAAGAGAAAGGGUUCUGCCUGGUUGUGGAUGGGUUAGUCCAGAUUUUUGUCAAGUCUAUGCGAAGCGGGAAGCACGGACUGAAUGGCGAGGUCAUUGAGGGAUCCUCUGACGAAGAUGAUCAGGCUCGUGAUGGAAAACAAGGUUAUCAGCUGCUCACGGAAGUGAAGAACGGCGCUUCCAUGUCAUCCUUGUUUUCAAUCCUAUCCCUGUUUACGGAGGAUAUUCGAUUACGGGCAAGUGAGGGCUCUAGCUCAAGCAUGUCCAGCGUUCAGCCAAGUCCCGCUCGGACAACCCCCGCACCUUUUUUGGAUAGUCCAGGUGAAAUGUUGAAUGGAUCGCCCAUGGUACUACCCAGAGAUUCUGAAGUUGAUAGUUCCGCCAUUAAUGGUGAGGCUGAGCCCCUGCCGCCGGUGCCACCUCUGCAUCUAGGGGAGAGCCGUGCCUCUUCAUACCACCCCAACGGCCAGUCGACAGCUUCAGAACGGGUGCGUGGAAACCGCAGAAAAUCAGUUCAUCCGGACAUUGUUGCGCGGGCAAUGGUGGACACAACCAUCGCGAUCAUACCAGCAAGUGCCUUUCGACGCUUGACGCGGCUCUACCCCAGAGCUACCGCCCAUAUAGUCCAGGUGAUCCUUACACGCCUUCAAAGAGUGACAUUUGCAACGGCUCACUCCUACCUCGGUCUCACCAAUGAGGUCCUCGGCAUUGAGAAACAGAUGACAAAGUUUACAACUUAUGACUUGCCGAAUGAUAUCCGUGGAGCAGCUUUAGACCGAUUGAAAGACAAAUUUCUGAAAGAGAAAGACCGUUUAGGCUCUGAGGAAGUGACCAGGGGAAUUGCACUACAUAACCCCUACGCCGGCCGAAGACGCCGGUCGAUGAGUUUUGUGAGAAAAGAGGCUGCUCUCAAAGCAAAGAUGCCACUACCAAAGCGACCAAACUCACUUAUAAACCCAGAAAGGCCUUUUCAUGGUUACGACACGGCUGGAGUUAGCCCAGGUGACUUGCUUUCCACCAUUCAACUUUCUCGUUUCGGGCCUAGACAUGAUCAGUUCGCUACUACCCCUAGACUUCAUUCUCCGCUGACUGAGAAAGAACGCUCCCCUCUGCGUCGCUCUUCCCUUCAACGGAAAGACUCAGUCGACGAAGAUGCUUUAUUCCGUGAAUCAAUAUUAGAUUGUAUCAUGAAAGGCAUAGGGUUAACCCCCAGCUCACAUAAUGCGCUCCGCAAAGGGAGUCACUCCGGCGAACUAUCCCCAAAGCUGGUCUCAUAUGAUUCCCGUCGCCAGAAAGCCGUCUUCAGCAACAAUGCAUUUGGAUUCAUUGAUGCCUACGAAGGGUCUGGCGACGGUGAUACCGAGUCAAUGAUGUCAAUGUCUGUCACGAGCGCUGGUGGCACAUCACCAAUUGUCUAUCUCCGGGAAGACCUACUUAAUGAUAUAGAGAUCGUUUACUUUCCAAAAGGAGCGGUUCUGGUAGAACAGGGUGAACGCCACCCGGGGCUCUAUUACGUUAUAGACGGCUUUCUGGACGUUGGAGUUCAGGUUAACGAAAAGGGAGACGAUCUUGUUGGGGCAUCCAGGCCUGGUCAUGCCCAGCCUGAUGAAGAAUUAUUUCCGACGCUGAAAAGAACCCAAACGGCUACAUCACGCGGCGCCACUGCUGCAGCGCCCAUCAACGAAUCUAAGCGCAAGAAACCUUCUCGGAAGUCUCUUUACAUGAUCAAGCCUGGUGGAAUGCAAGGCUAUGUGGGUGCCAUGGCAUCCUACCGUUCUUAUACCGAUGUUGUUGCAAAGACGGAUGUUUACGUUGGGUUCCUUCCGCGGGCCUCUCUAGAGAGAUUAGCUGAGCGGUACCCAAUUGCCCUGUUAACGUUGGCAAAGAGACUUACAGGCCUUCUUCCGCGCCUCCUCCUCCACAUCGAUUUCGCUCUGGAGUGGGUCCAGGUAAAUGCUGGCCAAGUUAUUUACCACCAGGGUGACGAAAGUGAUGCUAUUUAUAUUACUCUAAACGGCCGCCUUCGAUCAGUUCACGAGGGCAAGGGGGGUAAAAUGACCGUGGUUGGCGAGCAUGGACAAGGAGAGAGCGUGGGCGAGUUGGAAGUGAUGACAGAAUCGACACGGCCGGCUACGUUGCACGCAAUACGAGAUACCGAGCUGGCAAAAUUUCCUCGAUCGCUCUUCAACAGUCUUGCGCAAGAACACACUGGGAUAACAAUUCAGGUCUCCAAGCUCAUUGCCCAACGAAUGCGAGAUUUGGUUGAAAACCCCAUGACUGAACAAGGCGAACCUGGCAAUACCGGUAGUGUCAAAACCGCAACGUCAACCCUCAAUCUCCGCACUGUCGGUAUCCUUCCCAUAACGACCGGCGUCCCAGUUGUCGAGUUUGGCAAUCGGCUGCUGAGUGCUCUUCAGCAAAUUGGCGUUACCGAUGGUGUAACUUCGCUGAAUCAAGCAGCUAUCUUGAACCACCUGGGCCGACACGCUUUUAGCAGAAUGGGGAAGCUAAAGCUGUCGCAGUAUUUGGCCGAUUUGGAGGAAAAGUAUGGGAUGGUUCUAUAUAUCGCUGAUACCAACGUGAACUCCCCGUGGACGCAGACGUGCAUUAGUCAGGCCGACUGUAUCCUUCUGGUGGGUCUCGCAGAGUCUUCUCCGAAUGUGGGGGAGUAUGAGAGGUUCCUUCUUGGGAUGAAGACUACUGCACGGAAAGAACUUGUGUUGCUACAUGCAGACAGAUACUGCCCUCCUGGUCUUACUCGCAAAUGGCUCAAGAAUCGUGUCUGGAUAAAUGGAGGCCACCACCAUAUUCAGAUGGCUUUCAGACUAACUGCAGAGCCAUCGCAUCCUCAAACAAAGCGACUUGGUACGGUGUUGAAACAGAGGGUUCAAAUUCUGCAGGCGGAGAUUCAAAAAUAUACGUCACGGCGGAUCCGACAAACGCCCAUCUACUCAGCCCAGACACCGUUCAAAGGUGAUUUUCACCGCUUAGCCCGUCGCCUCUGUGGCAGGGCGGUCGGGCUUGUUCUUGGAGGGGGUGGUGCGAGAGGCAUUGCUCAUGUGGGUGUCAUCAAGGCUUUAGAAGAGGCUGGCAUUCCAGUUGACAUUGUUGGGGGGACAUCUAUUGGUGCCUUUAUAGGCGGUCUCUAUGCCAGAGAUGCAGAUGUUGUCCCAAUGUACGGUCGCGCAAAGAAGUUUGCCGGGCGUAUGGGGAGUAUAUGGCGGUUUGCCUUGGACCUUACCUACCCGUCCGUGUCGUACACAACAGGCCAUGAAUUCAAUCGCGGAAUUUUCAAAACCUUUGGCGAUAGCCAAAUUGAGGAUUUCUGGUUGGAGUUCUAUUGUAAUACUACCAAUAUUAGCCGCUCCAGGGCUGAGUAUCACUCCUCCGGCUAUGUCUGGCGUUAUGUGCGCGCAUCAAUGUCACUGGCAGGUCUACUCCCGCCCAUUUGCGACGAAGGGAGCAUGCUUCUCGACGGCGGCUACAUUGAUAACCUCACGGUAGCCCAUAUGAAGACGCUCGGCGCAGACGUCAUUUUCGCAAUCGACGUGGGCUCCAUCGACGACAAUACCCCUCAGGGCUACGGUGAUUCCUUGUCAGGCAUGUGGUCAGUCAUCAAUCGCUGGAACCCGUUCUCUUCCAUCCCAAAUCCACCAACUUUAUCCGAGAUUCAAGCACGACUGGCCUAUGUCUCGUCCAUCGACAAUCUUGAACGGGCCAAGAAUAUCCCCGGCUGUCUCUACAUGCGUCCGCCAAUCGACCGCUACGGGACCCUUGAAUUCGGCAAUUUUGAUGAAAUUUACCAGGUUGGAUAUGCCUAUGGUAAGGAGUACUUGCAAAAGUUGAAGAGCCAAGGGUCUCUACCUCUUCCCGAGGAAAAUGAAGAGAAGAAGAAGCUUCAGCGUACCCUGGCUCCUCGGCGUGCCAGUAUCUAGCUUGGUCAACGUACCAAUUACGAAGUCACGGGUGUUAUCGGCGCUAUUUCCAGACCUAUAUGUUUGUGAUGUUGGGAACAGCGUGCUUGGCAUUGUAUUCUAUAUAAGAUUUUCAGCAGCGUUGGUACGAUCGUAUCUAGCACAACAAUCAAUUGAAAUACGAACGUG